UUAACCUGCCUCGUUAUUCAAUGUCACAAAUGUCAUUUUUGACCUAGGAUCGGAAGAUCCGCAAUAAUUAUUUUUCGAGUUUUUCUUGCAGUAAAAUCAGUACAUAGUGAUCCUUCUUCAGGAUCACUGAAUAAAUCUGGGCAUCGUCGAAGAAAUAAUUGCCAUAAUGAGUAAAAUCAUUCCUUCCACUGCAAAGCUUUUGGCUGCAAAUACUAUCACGAAAGCGGUGCCUCCAGUUUCGGCGACAACAAGUUCGAAAUACAGUACUAAAAGUGAAGCUAAAUUUGAAAUUAAGCCUUACAAACUCCACAAGUUGGACAAGGGCCCUGCACUAUCGACAACCCUUACGUCUGAAGAUGCGCUCAAAUUGUACGAACACUUGGCGGUAUUGCGACGAAUUGAAACUGCUUCGGGAAAUCUUUACAAGGAAAAGAUCAUCAGAGGAUUCUGUCACUUGUAUUCAGGCCAAGAAGCGGUAGCCGUCGGCAUGCGUGCGGCGAUGCGUGACGUGGACAGCGUGAUCACCGCAUACCGGUGUCACGGCUGGACACACCUGAUGGGCGUCAGCGUGUUAGGCGUGUUGUCCGAGCUGACGGGCCGCCGCACCGGCUGCUCGCGAGGGAAGGGUGGCUCCAUGCAUCUCUACGGGAAGAACUUUUAUGGAGGCAACGGGAUUGUUGGAGCUCAGGCACCGCUGGGUGCAGGCGUGGCGUUCGCCCACAAGUACCGCGGCGACGGUGGAGUUACCUUCACCCUGUACGGAGACGGAGCAGCCAACCAGGGCCAGCUGUUCGAGGCGUACAACAUGGCCAAGCUCUGGGACCUGCCCUGCGUGUUCGUCUGUGAGAACAACGGAUAUGGUAUGGGUACGUCGGUGGACAGGUCGUCUGCCAGCACCGACUACUACUCGCGCGGGGACUACGUGCCCGGCAUCUGGGUCGACGGCAUGGACGUGCUCGCCAGCAGGGAGGCCACCAGAUACGCCAUCGAGUACUGCACCAGCGGGAAAGGUCCGUUGGUGAUGGAGAUGGAAACCUACCGUUACUCCGGGCACUCCAUGUCGGACCCCGGCACGUCGUACCGCACGCGCGACGAGGUGCAGGAGGUGCGCCAGACCCGCGACCCCAUCACCUCCUUCAAGGAGAAGAUCAUCAGCAACGAGCUCGUCACGCCGGAUCAACUCAAGGAAAUCGACGCGAAAGUAAGGAAGGAGGUUGACGAGGCAACGAAGCAGUCCAAAUCGGAACCGGAAGUGGGCAUCGAGGAGCUCUCCGGAGACAUCUACUACAACAACUUGGAGCCUUACAUCCGGGGCAUUCACCCCAACGCCCCUCUAGAACACGUUAACGUUAUGCCGCGCAAUUAGAUUGAUGAAGCUGGCGUAAUAAGUACGAUUGGUUGUACUUGCUCGUUGUGUAUACUGCGCGUAGGGUUGUCACGUCGAAACGAAAAUGGGCAAUAAUAAAAUAUUUUUAAAACAUAUUAAUUUAUUGAAAUUUAUUGUUGUUUCAGUUCCUAAUUUUUUGGCAUGGUCAGAUGUGUGACAACCCUAACAUCUGAGAUAGUAGCUUUGGUAUUAAUAUUGUCAGCGGUAUCAAAAAAUCUUAGGCCUUUCUUGGCUCACUGAACACAAAUAGUAAUUGUUUGCACAGAAUUAAAUUAGAUAGCUUAUCAUUACCGCCUUCAAAUUAUUUAUUCAAGGUUAAAAUCAACAGCCUUACGCACAAGAAUGGCCUACGUUAAAUAAAAUCGACUUUACAAAUUUUGCAAAUAUGAACCUUAUUGCCCUUGGAAUAAGGGUCAUUUAAAAUCUAAUGCAUUAUAGGUCGUUAUUGUUUCCGUGGCUCUUGGUUACAUCUUACAUACAGACUUCAAAUUCGAUUAGUGGCUGUUUUAGAGUAAUAUAUCUGCACAUUCGGACUUUGCUACUGUCCAAUGUGACAUAAAUAAUAUUUUUAUAGUAAUGUGUCUCAAAUGAACUAUUUUCUCUCGAGCUAUUAAGCUAUAGAAUAUUAUAGUGCAAUCCGUUAAACCAGUAUAAUUACUGAGAAUUAUGAUACGCACUCGUCAAAUCAACGGGUUCCAACAGGCCGGCAUAAUUGUGUCAACUGUCGAGGGGUAAUCAUCUCUCGUCAAUCGAUAUUUUAUUGAAUCGCACUCUACUUAUCAUCAGGUGGGGUCACUUUCCCGUGGAAGUAUAAAAAAACUCAUUAAACGUGAAGUGAUAGACACAAAGAUAUCUCGAUCGAGAUCUGCCGCUUUUCGUCAAACGAUAUUUUUUUCUAAAUAAUAAGCAUCGAUUGUGCCCCAUAUGGCGAUAGGCUCGCAUCAUAGGACGGAACACACUUGGCGAAAAGUGGGUGUUCUGGUUGCGCCUCUGCAUACCGCUUGGAUAAUUGCGUGAUGUAUAUAAGCAUCGAAUGUAGAUCCGAAACGUUAUUUAUUUGCGAUUUCUGCACAAACUUGUAUUACUGUCUUGUUAAGGUAUCACGUGACCGUAUUUUUUUUUUCGUCGGCCAUUUUGUUAUGUAAAUUUGGGCAUGUAUUAUUGGUACAAAUAUCAUGUUUCCGAUUCACCGUUUUGUGAUUGUUGAUAUUUAUAUAUAUUUUCUUAGUUCAAUUUGUAGAUUAAGUAAUGUUAACUGCCAACGAGGUAAUCCACUAUUUUGGUUAUAUUUUAUUUAUUUUUUUAAUUGAAUACAAUUAAAAAUUAUGGAA